AUGGCUCCAAACACCGAAACCAACAUCUGGGCGCAGAUGAGCUAUGCCCCCCCGCGUGGACAGUGCAACUACAAGCCCUCGCUCAUGUCAGCAAAGUGCCCUUGCUUACGGUUCAUGUUGCAUCCCCUCAAGAGCUCUUCAACCUUUGAGUGUGAUGGCUGCUCUCACCACGCGUCCUUCCACAACCUGGAGAACAAAGCCGAGGACGAGGUCCGCAAGCGAUGGGAGGUAGAACAGAAAGCGAAAGAGGCGGAGGCUCAACUUCACAAUGCGUCGAAGUCUCGGAAGCGACCCCGACUGAUUGAAGGAGCGGCGACUACGAGUAAUGGCCGGCUGCUGAUUGAGGAGCACGCAUUCGAAGAGAUGGACAAUGACCAGGAAGGAAGCCAUGCCGCCAUCAUGAUCUCUACCCGAUCGAAAGCACCAGCAAAGUCCCAACGCGGGAAGGAGAAAAGGGUACCUCUGUCACGACCCCAGAUCUCUUCCAAACAACCUGGAUUCCCUUCAGGGUUUGGCUUCUAUCCUCUAGAAGAUGACUGA